GAGAUCUGACCAUCUGGUUGUAGCCAGACGGUGGACCCGCUGUCCCAGCUGUUGUAUGAGCGGGUUUGGUGAGUCCCUCGUCUUCUCGUAGAAGAUUAUUGCAGUUUGCCGAAUCCUUGUGGUCCACCAGCAUGGGCUUGUACGCGGAAUCGUGGUUCACCGAGCUGCUGGUCGUCGUGUCGCUGGCAGUAGUGGCAGUGUACGUGUGGUUCUCCCACUCGUACAAGUACUGGCAGAAGAAGGGGGUGCCUUACCUGGAACCUCAGUUCCCCUUUGGCAAUGUAUACGAAAGUUUUGUGGGCAAGCGGUCCAUGCCGAUGGAUGUCACUGACGCAUACCGGAAGCUGAAAGGGAAUCGUUUCGGCGGAAUGUACUUCUUCAACCGGCCGAAUCUGGUGAUAGUGGAUCCCGAUCUGAUCCGCACCAUCCUGGUUAAGGACUUCUGGAAGUUCCAGGAUAGAGGUAUACAGGUGGACGAGUCGGAGCCUCUGUCGAGGCACCUUUUCUUCCUCGGUGGCAACAAGUGGCGGAGGCUGCGCGUUAAGCUGACACCGACCUUCACGUCUGGGAAGAUGAGGAUGAUGUUCCAGACUAUGGUGGACUGUGGCCGUGAGAUGGCGGACAUUCUGGAGGAGCCUGCGUCACGGGGAGAGGUGAUGGAGAUGCGAGAGAUAGGCGCGCGCUACGCCACGGACAUCAUCGCGUCCGUCGCCUUCGGCAUCGAGGUAAACUGCCAGCGGAACCCGGAGGCCGCCUUCAGGCAGUGGGGGCGCAAGAUCUUCCAGCCGAGUCUCCAGUCCACCAUUACCGCAGUCGUCAACGCUAUAAAUCCCUGGCUAAUUUCGUUUUUAAGGCUACGCAGCAACGCAACAAAGAUAUCGCAUUAUUUCCGCAAGAUGGUGAGGGACACGGUGGCGUACAGGGAGGAGAACAACGUAACGAGGAACGACUUCAUGCAGUUGCUGAUCCAGCUCAAGAACAAGGGGUGUGUGGACAGUGACAAGCCGGGGGUGCAGAAGGAGGACGAUGAAGACAGCACAUGGAAGUUGUCAAUUGAUGACGUCGCUGCCCAGGCGUUUGUCUUCUUCGUAGCGGGCUUCGAGACCUCAUCAACCACGAUAAGCUUCGCUCUUCACGAGCUGGCUCACCACAGUGACAUCCAGAAACGUCUCCAGGAGGAGAUCGACUCAGUUCUGAAGCAAAGUGAUGGACAAAUCACCUACGAUGUGAUCAACAGCAUGCACUACCUCGAUAAAGUAGUCUCAGAGACGCUGAGAAAAUAUCCACCAGUUGUUAUACUCAACAGGGAAUGCAAUACUGAGUACAAGAUCCCUGGUACUGAUAUCGUUCUGGAGAAAGGUACUAAGAUCUUGAUACCUGCGUAUGGUCUCCACCAUGACUCAGAGUACUUUCCAGACCCAGAACGCUUCGACCCCGAGAGGUUCUCUGAGGAGCAGAAGGCCCAGAGACACCCCUACGUUUACUUGCCGUUUGGAGAAGGACCACGCAUCUGCAUAGGGAUGAGAUUUGGCCUGCUGCAAACGAAAGUCGGGCUUACGCACAUUCUCGCGAAGUAUAACAUAGAACCGUGCGAGAAGACCAUUCGAAAUCUCUCCUUCGAAUCCAGGUCGUUUAUCCUUACGCCGAAGGGUGGUAUCCAAUUGAGACUGAGCAAGAGGAACAAAGUAUAGUGCUCAUCUACUAUGAUAGAACGUUUGACUAAUCAU